UCGUAUAUAUAUACGUAGAGACUCUGCACCUCCGGUCUUUAACAAAUCAAUCCGUGGCUCUCUCUUUUCUCUCUCAUUUCUCUGUCUGAAUUUCUCUCACUCUCUUUCUUCGCUAGCCUCUUGAGGCUUCUUCAUCCAAAUUUCUCUGUCUCGGGGUUGGUCGAUUCUGAUCCAAGCCAAAAUCUAAGGUUCCUUGACAUGGGUUCAUAUACCCCCAAGAACAUCCUCAUAACUGGUGCUGCUGGCUUCAUUGCAUCUCAUGUUGCCAACCGGCUCAUCCGCAGUUACCCUGACUACAACAUUGUUGUGCUUGACAAGCUUGACUAUUGUUCAAAUCUGAAAAACCUCCUGCCCUCUAAAUCAUCACCCAAUUUCAAGUUUGUUAAGGGGGACAUUGGCAGUGCUGACCUUGUCAACUAUCUCCUCAUCACUGAGUCGAUUGACACCAUAAUGCAUUUUGCAGCCCAGACCCAUGUCGACAAUUCCUUUGGUAACAGCUUUGAGUUCACAAAGAACAACAUCUAUGGAACCCAUGUUCUGCUGGAAGCAUGCAAAGUGACUGGCCAAAUCAGGAGGUUCAUCCAUGUCAGCACAGAUGAAGUCUAUGGUGAGACUGAUGAAGAUGCUGUUGUAGGAAACCAUGAAGCAUCUCAACUCCUCCCAACAAAUCCAUACUCUGCAACAAAAGCGGGAGCAGAAAUGCUUGUUAUGGCGUAUGGCAGAUCAUAUGGAUUGCCUGUUAUAACGACCCGUGGAAACAAUGUUUAUGGACCAAAUCAAUUUCCUGAAAAAUUGAUUCCAAAGUUCAUUCUGUUGGCCAUGCAAGGGAAGCCUCUUCCAAUUCAUGGGGAUGGCUCUAAUGUGAGAAGCUAUCUAUAUUGUGAGGAUGUUGCUGAAGCUUUUGAACUCAUUCUUCACAAGGGGGAAGUUGGCCAUGUUUACAAUAUUGGAACAAAGAAGGAAAGGAGAGUUAUUGACGUGGCCAAAGAUAUAUGCAGACUUUUCUCAGUGGAUCCAGAGACAAACAUCAAGUUUGUUGAAAACAGACCUUUCAAUGAUCAGAGGUAUUUCCUAGAUGAUCAGAAGCUGAAGAUUUUGGGGUGGUCAGAGCGAACUAUAUGGCAAGAGGGGUUGAAGAAGACUAUAGAAUGGUACACUAAGAAUCCUAAUUGGUGGGGUGAUGUAUCUGGGGCACUGCUGCCUCAUCCACGAAUGCUGAUGAUGCCUGGUGGGAUUGAGAGACAUCCGGAAGGGUCUGAAGAGGAAAAAUCUGAAUCUUUUGUCCCAAGUAAUACCCGAAUGUUGGUUCCACCUUCCAAAAGCUGUAGCUCUCCUCGUAAACCUCCCUAUAAGUUCUUGAUCUAUGGUAAGACUGGCUGGAUUGGGGGUGUACUUGGAAAGCUAUGUGAAAAACAAGGGAUUCCUUUUGAAUAUGGAAAAGGGCGUCUACAGGAUCGAUCAUCACUUUUGGCAGAUAUUCAGAAUGUCAGGCCAACCCAUGUGUUCAAUGCUGCUGGUGUGACUGGUAGACCUAAUGUGGAUUGGUGUGAAUCUCAUAAAGCAGAAACAAUUCGAACCAAUGUUGCUGGAACCUUAACCCUAGCAGAUGUUUGCAGAGAGCAUGGACUCUUGAUGAUGAAUUUUGCCACUGGCUGCAUAUUUGAGUAUGAUGCUAAACAUCCAGAGGGUUCUGGAGUUGGGUUCACUGAAGAGGACAAACCCAAUUUUUUUGGUUCGUUCUAUUCCAAAACCAAGGCCAUGGUUGAGGAGCUGUUGAAAGAAUUUGACAAUGUUUGCACGCUCAGAGUGCGAAUGCCCAUCUCAUCUGACCUGAACAACCCUCGUAACUUCAUCACUAAGAUUUCUCGUUAUAACAAAGUGGUCAAUAUCCCUAACAGCAUGACCAUCUUGGAUGAAUUACUACCCAUCUCUAUUGAGAUGGCGAAGCGGAACUUGAGAGGUAUAUGGAACUUUACAAACCCUGGGGUCGUUAGCCAUAAUGAGAUUCUGGAGAUGUACAAGCAAUACAUUGACCCAAAGUUUACAUGGGCAAAUUUCACAAUUGAAGAGCAAGCCAAGGUUAUAGUUGCAGCUCGAAGCAACAAUGAAAUGGAUGCAUCCAAGUUGAAGAAAGAGUUCCCUGAGUUGCUACCAAUCAAGGAGUCGCUGAUUAAGUAUGUUUUUGAACCAAACAAGACAAACUCCGCACAAUAAGCAAAUCUCAGUUAUAGACCUCAGGAUUAACCUCUGCCUUCCGCAUUAGGUGAUAUGCUAUAGAUUACCUCAAUUUAGUUUAAUCAGUAUCACUCAUUAUUCAUUCUUAGCCUUGUCUCAUUAUUUCUUCUGUGCUAGAGGUGUUGAGUAUGAUUUUACCAAGUGUGCUUCUUUCUUUUCUGUUUUCUUGGGUGUAUCUUAGUUCCCUUUGCGUUCCAUUUUAUAAGAAACUUUGAACAGGUUCCCUAUAGAUGAUUCUGUAAUUUUGCAUUCAGUUCAAUGAACAUGUGGUGUUGCAUUC